CCAUUUCUGUUCAUCAGGGGAACCGAUUUUUUUUUUUAAAGUGAUAUAAAUUUCUGGAGUGAUUAAAGUUUGUCUCAGUAAGCGGAUCCACGGUAUCAAAGUCAUGAAGAUACUUCGUCAAAGAAUUCAAUGCUUAAUCUCCUCAUCUCUCAACACCUCCAAAUUUAUUCACGUCUCCACAGAAACAAAGUGCAACACAGUUGUCACUGCCAUGUGUGAUUCUUUAAGACGAGGCUUGAAUUGGGACACGCUUUCCAAGCAGUUCAGUUCUGUUGAGUUAAACGAUUCUAUUGUUGAGAAAGUCUUGCUGAAACUAAAGGACCCGAUUGAUGCUAAAUGCGCUCUGGGUUUCUUUCACUGGUCAGCCCAAAGGAAGCACUAUCAACACAACCUUUGGUCUUAUUGUGCCACAAUUCAUGUUUUGGUUAGAGCCCAGAUGCUCAUUGAUGCUCGUGGGUUAAUUGAAUCAGUUUUGAAGAAACAUGUAGUUGAUAAUUCAAGAUUCAUGGUUGAUUCAUUGCUCAGUAGUUAUGAAGUUAUGGAGUCAAGUCCACUUGUGUUUGAUUUGUUAGUCCAGGCUUAUGCUAAAAUGAGAAUGUUUGAGGUUUCUUUUGAUGUCUGUUGCUACUUGGAAGAGCAUGGGUUUUCUUUAAGUUUAAUAAGUUUCAAUACUUUGAUUCAUUUUGUUACAAAAUCUGAUAAAGUUUGUCUAGUGUGGAGUAUCUAUGAGUACAUGUUGCAAAACAGAAGAUAUCCAAAUGAAAUGACAAUCAGAAGUUUGAUUAGUGCAUUGUGCAAAGAAGGGAAAUUGCAAACUUAUGUGGACAUGUUGGAUAGGAUACAUGGAAAGAGAUGUUCUCCUUCAGUGAUCGUUAAUACCAGUCUAAUUUUUAGGAUUAUAGAAGAUGGAAGAAUUGAGGGUGGUGUGGUACUCUUGAAGAGAAUGCUACAAAAGAACACGAUUCUUGAUACAAUUGCGUACUCAUUAAUUGUCUAUGCUAAGAUAAAACUUGGGAAUUUGGAGUCAGCACUGGAAGUGUAUGAAGAAAUGCUUAAGAGAGGAUUUAGUGCAAAUUCUUUUGUGCAUACUACAUUUAUAGGAGCCUAUUGUAAGGAAGGGAAAAUUGAAAAAGCAAAUUUCUUAAUGCAAGAAAUGGAAAACAUGGGCUUGAACCUGUAUGAUGAAACCUUUAAUCUUAUAAUUGAGGGUUGUGCAAAGGUAAAUAGAGUGGAAGAAAGUAUUAGCAAGUUUGAGAAAAUGAUGGGAAGAGGACUUCUUCCCAGCUGUUCAGCGUUCAAUGAGAUGAUAGGAAAGUUAUGUGAAACCGGGAAUACAGAACAGGCCAAUGCAAUGUUAACUCCUUUGUUAGAUAAAGGGUUUUCUCCUAAUGAGAUUACAUACUCUCAUCUUAUAGCUGGCUAUGCCAAAACAUGCAGAAUUCAAGAAAUGUUGAAGCUUUUCUAUGAGAUGGAGUCAAGGUCACUUUCUCCAACAUUGCAGGUUUACACAUUGUUAAUUAGGUGCUUUUGUCAAUGUGCGAAACUAGAGGAAGCAGAUAAGUAUUUAAGAGAAAUGAAAAAUCGGUCACUAGUCCCUGGUGUUGAAAUCUAUGAAGCAAUUAUUGAUAGCCUCUUUGAAAGGGGAGAUAAAGCAAGGGCUCUUCACUUCCAUAAUGAGAUGAUUUCUAAAGGAUUGAAGCCCAGUUGUUCAUACUUCUAUGGUACUACCUCAGAGAGAGGCUAGCUUAUAUGAAGAAAAUGUCUUUAGACUUACUUUUUAGUGGAUGUAGUAUUCACUCAAGAAAGGUUCCCCUAACUUAUACUAACUACAGAUAAAGUUGAGAAUGUAAAACAUGCUAAAGAUGAAUUAUACAAAGUUCCAGAGCAUCCUAAGCCAAAAGAAAUGGAACUCAGAGGAAGGCUCUACUCGGUGAACCACUGGGAUAGCUGAGUUUCAAGUUCCCAUUGAAUAAAAGUUGAAGAAUAUCAAGGAAACUGAGGCUGCCAAGAAGCUUCUACAAGGAAGAGGCUCAUGGGCAGGACAAAAUAAGAAUUUGGCAUUCCUUCAGUUACUGUGCAGAUUAUUUCCAACGUGAUUUAGAUGUCACAUUGUACUCAUGCUGGAGUCCAUGUAAUGCUUUGUUACUUUCAAUGCGUCUGUAUAAUGAUAUCUAUAUCUGUGCAUGUGCAUUGUUUUUAGCAUCAUUUGGUAAAAUCAAUGAUUUAGCAACUUUGACAGGGAA